AUGCCGUGGAACAUUGAAACAACCCCACUGAAGACAAAGUCGCCCGUGCCCUCAGACAUUGCUAUCGCCUCUGAGGUAACGCCGAAACCGAUCUCUCAAGUCGCCCGUGAGAUUGGCUUGAACGAGGAUGAGUACGAGCCAUAUGGUCGAUACAAGGCCAAGAUCAGUCGACCGAUUCCAAAAUCGACUGACAACUUUGGCAAGUACGUCUACGUUUGCGGUAUUACCCCAACUCCAUUAGGUGAAGGAAAGUCAACUGUGGUCAUCGGCCUGGCGCAGGCUUUUGGCGCCCACCUCAAGAAGCCCUCCAUUGCCUGCAUUCGCCAGCCCAGCCAGGGGCCAACUUUUGGCAUCAAAGGCGGCGCCGCUGGUGGCGGUUACAGUCAGGUCAUCCCCAUGGACGAGUUCAACCUGCAUCUAACUGGGGACAUUCACGCCAUCUCAGCAGCCAACAACCUCAUUGCCGCCGCCAUCGACGCUCGCGUCUUCCACGAGUCUACCCAGUCAGACGCUGCCCUCUACAACCGCCUCGUUCCAAAGGCGCCUGGUAAGCCACGAAAGUUCACCACCAUUCAGAAGCGUCGUCUCGUCAAGCUGGGCCUCUCAGCGGAGGCCGACCCUGAGUCGCUGAGCGCCGAGCAGAAGAAGGACUUUGCCCGACUGGACAUUGACCCGGCCACCAUCAACUGGCACCGAGUGGUGGACAUGAACGACCGGUACCUGCGCCAGAUCACCAUCGGCGAGGCGCCCUCAGAGAAGGGCCUCACUCGCUCCACCGGUUUUGACAUCUCUGUCGCCUCGGAGCUGAUGGCCAUCCUCGCGCUGGCCAACAGCCUGGCCGAUGCCAAGCGCCGAAUUGGCAGCAUUGUCGUCGCCUUCAGCAAGCACUCGCCGGCUCGGCCGGUCACCUGCGAUGACCUCGGCCUGACCGGUGCAGUGACCGCCCUUCUCAAGGACGCCAUUAAACCGACGCUCAUUCAGACGCUGGAGCACACGCCCAUCUUCGUCCACUGUGGCCCCUUUGCGAACAUUGCCCACGGCAGCAGCUCGGCCAUCGCCGACAAGAUUGCCCUUGAUCUGGUGGGCAGAGAGGGCAUCGUCCUCACUGAGGGCGGCUUCGGCGCCGAUAUUGGCCUGGAGAAGGCAAUCAACAUCAAGUGUCGCGCUACUGGCUUGAAGCCGGACGCUGCCGUCAUUGUGGCCACAGUUCGGGCGCUCAAGUGCCACGGCGGCGGACCACCGGUCACUCCGGGCGCCGUGCUCGCUAAAGAGUACAGAGAGGAGAACGUUGAGCUGCUCAGUAAAGGACUGGUCAAUCUAAAGACUCAAAUAGAGAACAUCAGCACCCACUUCAAACUGCCAGUUGUCGUGGCCAUUAACCGCUUUUCCACUGACACCGACGCCGAGCUGGACCUAGUGAAGAGUGAAUCGCUCAAAUUUGGCGCUUUUGACGCCGUCAUCACUCGUGGCUAUGAGCUUGGCGGUGCCGGAGUGGUCGACCUGGCAAAGGCUGUUGAGAGGGCCACCAAAGAGGCCAGUCCUGGCCAGCUGACUCUGCUCUACGACAACGCUGAUUCAAUCAAGAAGAAGAUUGAAAAGGUGGCAAAGAAUAUUUACAGAGCUGGAUCGGUGGAGUACUCGGAGCUGGCGGAGAAAAAGAUUCAGCUGUACGAAAAAAUGAACUAUGGCAACUUACCUGUCUGCAUUGCAAAGACGCAACUCUCCAUUUCGCAUGAUCCCAGCUUAAAAGGAGCACCAUCCGGUUAUGUCUUGCCAAUAAAAGACAUUAAGGUUUUUGUCGGAGCAGGAUUUUUGACACCACUGUGUGGAGAGGUUCAAACGAUGCCCGGACUGGCCACUCGACCAGCGUUCUACGACAUUGACAUUGACCCGGAAACUGGUGUUAUUGAAGGACUGUUUUAG